UCUGUCAAUCUUCUGGUUGUCGACCAAAGUGUUCUUCUUCUGAAGUCCGGAAAUGAUAUUACCACAGAUCAGGUUCUUGAUGAACUGAAGACGUACAGCUCUGGACAAACUGAUGGAGAAUUUUCACCGGAAGUAUUUGCCAUUUCAAGCAGUUCGACACAAGCUUCUGAUGUCUUCUCGGAUGCUGGUCUUCUCGUUAUCACUGAUGCUAGAUACUACGACUACAACUACUAUGGCAUUAAUAAAGGACCGAUUGGUUACACACCGAUGCCUGGUGCCAUACCUUAUGGUUCACUAGCAGGAAUGGGACACCUCGAUAGGUUUGAAGGAGGUGAAAAGGGUUCGAAAGAACUUCCCAGAAACCUGGCUCUGGGUUAACAAGACAGUAGGAGCUGACGGUAAAGCUACCAUCAGUACCACCGUGCCUGACACUAUCACCUCCUGGAUCGCCAGCGCCUUUGCUGUCAACUCCGCCACAGGACUUGGUGUAGCCCCGUCUACUACAAAGCUGCGUGUGUUCAGCUCCUUCUUCGUGAGCUUGUCCAUGCCUACCUCGGUGUUACGUGGAGAACAGGUCGUCAUUCAAGCCAGUAUCUUCAACUACCUCCCUAGUGAUGUUGAUGUGGUGGUGUCAUUGCCAACUUCUACUGACUACACCAACGUGGUUGUCGACAGUACUGGGAAGACCAGGCAGGAGUCUAAGGACCAAACACAUUACAUCACGGUCAAAUCCAACGAGCCCCAGACUGUGUACUUCCCCAUCAUUCCAUCAUCUCUGGGAGCUAUCGACAUCGAGGUGUCAGCACGAACAACUCUAGCCGCUGAUGCUGUCAGGAGACAGCUCAAUGUCCAGGUCGAAGGCAUCCCCAAAGAAUACAGCACACCUGUCUUCAUCGAGCUGACACCAGGUGGUGCUGACUUCAACCAACAGAUGGCACUUUCACUACCACCAGAGACGGUAACUGGUUCAGAGAAAGUCAGGGUCAAAGUAACAGGUGACUUGAUAGGCGCAAGUCUUGACAAUCUGGAAAACCUUCUGGCACUUCCGACUGGAUGUGGUGAACAGAACAUGAUGAACUUUGCACCAGAUGUAUAUGUGGCCGAUUACCUGUAUGCAACUAAACAGAUCACACCUGCCUUGGAGUCGAGGAUCAUGAGCUAUCUGGAGCUAGGAUACCAGAGGGAACUGGCCUAUCAGAGAUAUGAUGGAUCCUUCAGUCCUUUCGGAGACCGAGAUGAGGCAGGACACAUGUGGCUGACUGCAUUUGUAGCCAGAACUUUCCAUCAGGCAAGACCCUACAUCUUCGUGGGCAACCAGACUCUAGGAAAUGCACUCAACUGGAUGGCCAACAGACAGAAUCUCGAUGGGUCCUUCAAUGAACCUGGACUAGUUUUUGACAGACAAAUGAAGAGCUCCAAAGCUUCAUUGACUGCUAUGGCCUUGCUCGCCUUCCUUGAGAACCAAGACAUUAGCGGGUUUGGUAUUAAUGAGUACACACUGGGAAACGCCACUGUGAAUGCCACGAAGUACCUGGAGUCAGUGGCUCCCUCUAUCACGGAUCCCUUCACUCUUGCCAUUGUCAGCUACGCCUUGUCUGAGGCUGGUCAGCUCUGUAGCGGAUGUCACGUUCACCAAACUCAACGCUGCAGCUGAGGUUAAAG